AUGGUGAAUGGGAGAAAGAACUUUAUCAACUGUGACACGAAACAGCUGUUUUUCGCCGGCGGAGAAGGUUCAAAAGCUGAAAUAGGACUCGAUGUUCAAGCAGGCUCGGCGAUUUUGAUCUCCUACAGUGCUGUGAAAACUGUGGCUGAUGCCAUGAAAGCUGCUCCAGUAAUCCGAGCUCCGCACAUGCGAUCGCAUCAUCAGCAGAACAACUUCGCCAACCAGAAUGAUCCAAGUCAACGGUUCUUUAAUUCUCUCUUAGCUUUAUUUUCCGCUCGAGAAUUUGAAAGAACCGAAAUCAGAAAUAACCCUGUCUACGUUCAGCACAUACCUAAUCCAAUGGUCUACCGACCUCUUCCUCCCCAGGAUAAUGUGAUGAUUGACCAAGGCGCUCCAGUUCAGCGACCAACGAUGAUGAACUCUUUGAGGCCGCGCGUGAACCUCAAAUCCAUCCUUGCAACUCUUCCUCCUUCCACGCCUCGUUUGUUGAACCAACCAAGCACUCCUGCUCCCGACGUCGAGACAAAAGCCACCACGCUUUCCUAUCGCGAAAAAGAAGCACUCGAAGAAGAAAAACUCAAAAAGGCAGCAAAGUUUUUCUACGUCCUCGGCGGCGGCUUCGUCCUUGUCAUCAUCUUCUUUUGUAUAAAAGCCGCGUUUGUCGGCUCCACCAAGCCCGUGGCGAGUACGUAUUGA